UGGCCAGGCGGUAGAGCCCGCUGUGGGAGAGCCUGCGGGGCCCUGGAGAGCAGGGUCUGUCUGGGGUCUCCCUGGGUCCCGGCAGUUUGAGCAGCACCCUGGGUAGAGGAGGUUGCUCAUGUGGGCUCCGGCGCUGCUGCCUGUCCGUCCUCAACCCUAAGGAGGCCGCCCUCCUUCCUGGCUGCCCUCUGGCUGGAGUACCCUGACGGACAAGGACCAGCUGGGAGAGGCCUCGGCUGCGCCUGGAAUUCCCCUCGCUCUGGCAUUCACAUUGGCCAGGGGCCUGGGAGUGAAGGGAGCUUCCAUCUGCUGGCUGAGAGCAGCCUCUCUGCAUGUUUGGAGGUGGAAGGGCAAGGUCCUCUGCAGCCGGCUGCCUCCGCGCUCUGGGGAGCUGACGACACGUGGCUGUUUCCUGGAAGAGCCCCACCCCGAGGGUGAGUGGCUGGGAAGGAGCUGCUUCUGCUGACAACGUCACCUGGAAGGCGCCCAGGAGGUCUGCCCAAGUCUGCCGACCUGAAGAUGGCUCGUGCCCACCCUGAGCUGGCGCCCAGCGCCUGAGGUCCUUACCAUGGUGAUGAUCCUGAGUCAGAGCCUCGACAAGCAGGGAGCUGACCCCGUAGCAUGCAGGACCUUCAACCCUGAGCUGCACACGCCAAAGAAGAUGAGUCAAGGAGCGACACUUUUCUCUUGUGGAAUUAUGGAAAAUGACAGAUGGCGAGACCUGGACAGGAAGUGCUCUCUUCAGAUUGACCAGCCGAGCGCCAGCAUCUGGGAGUGCCUGCCUGAGAAGUGUCAGGACAGCGCUCUGUGGCACCGGGAGGCCGCCACCGCCUGCGCGGUCACCAACCUGAUCAAAGACCUCAGCCUCAGUGACCACAACGGGAACCCCUCUGCGCCCCCCAGCAAGCGCCAGUGCCGGUCACUGUCCUUCUCCGACGAGAUGUCCAGCUGCCGAACAUCAUGGAGGCCCUUGGGGUCCAAAGUCUGGACGCCUGUGGAAAAGAGGCGCUGUUACAGCGGGGGCAGCGUCCAGCGCUAUUCCAACGGCUUCAGCACCAUGCAGCGGAGCUCCAGCUUCAGCCUCCCUUCCCGGGCCAACGUGCUCUCCUCGCCCUGUGACCAGGCGGCCUUUCACCACCAAUUCGGUGGUCAGCCCUGCCAAGGGGUGCCCGGCUCCGCCAUCUGUGGACAGGCGAGAGACAUCUGGGGCCCCAACCCGAGCCUGGUGGGUGGGGGCCGGCUUGACAUGCAACGGUCCCUCUCCUGCUCGCACGAGCAGUUCUCGUUCGCGGAGUACUGUCCACCCUCAGCCAACAGCACACCUGCCUCAACGCCAGAGCUGGGGAGACGCUCUAGCGGGCUCUCCCGCAGCCGCUCCCAGCCGUGUGUCCUUAACGACAAGAAGGUCGGCGUUAAGCGGCGGCGCCCCGAAGAGGUGCAGGAGCCGAGGCCUUCCCUGGACCUUGCCAAGAUGGCACAGAACUGUCAGACCUUCAGCAGCCUCAGCUGCCUGAGCGCGGGGAUGGAGGACUGCGGCCCCCACAGCCCCUUCGCCCUCCACGCCAGCAGCACCAGGUCCUGGACCACCUUGCUCUCGGCCUCCGGCACAGGGGGCAGGACCCCCGCCGGGACCCCAGUCCCCGAGCCUCUGCCCCCGUCCUCGGACGACCACCUCGCCUGCCGGGAGGAGCUGUGCUGUGAGGAGUCAGGCGGCUGCGCCCUGGACGAGGGCUGCGGCAGGCGGGGGGAUCCGGCCACGGCCUGGCGGGACCGCGGGGGCCGCCCGGAACUGGCCCCCUGCUCCCUGGACGGUGUGCUGGACAUUGAGCAGAUAGAGAACAACUGAGGGGCCUCGGGCCCUGGUCGGGGGCGGGUUGGGGGUGUGUGUUAGAAUCGGCAGGCCUCCCUCCGCGCACAUGGCGAGCCCUCGCAGGGGAGCCCCACUCCUGGGCCCGAUCAAAGCUUCCUGGAAGGCACUGGGCCAGGGAGCGAGCCCAUGGCCUCCCGAAAACGCUGUCCCGCCUGCGGCGUCCUGGCCCAGUGCCAGCCCCCCAGCCAGGCCACGCAGUGGGGCGCCUCAGCCUCUCACCAGCACGGCAGCCACGGUCCACGGAACUGCUGUAGCCGAGAGAAGCUUCUUGGUUUCAGUCUCUUUCCCCCUUUUCUUGUGGGACCUGGGCACAAGCAUCCCAGCCGGCCCCGCUGGGGAGUCCCGUGUGCUUCUAGCAGGGCUGGCCGGCUCCGUGUGCUCACUCCCAGCCGGGGCUUCCUCCUGGGCUCAGGUCCAUCCAGUGGUGUCAUGGCCCUCCUUGGCCUCCUGCUCAGGUUCAGUGCUGGGGAGUUGGCCCCGCAGCUUCCUUCUUCCCUCAGUUGUAUUCCGUGCCUUCUCUCCCAGGUCUCCCUGCUUCAGGCUUGGGAAGGGUCGGGAGAGGCUUCCUUCCAUAGUAACAUCAGAACCAUUUGGCCUUAAUUCCGAGUGUGGAAGACCGAGGCCCUGGGGUGCCAGGGUGGCCUCCACAUCUGGACUCUCUGGCGAGGGUUCAGGGAACAACUUGGGGUGCUCGUUAGAGGCUGUCUAGUUGGGUACAAAUUUGGUGAUCUGUUGGCUGAAAAGACAGGCCCACCAGCCCCUCCUGUGGUGUGAACGCCUGGCCCCGGGGUGCUCUGCCUCUCUGGGGGCUUCUUUAGCAGGGUUGGCAGCUGGCAGCCAUUCUCCGUGACUAACCUGUCACUGAGCGAUGAGCUUGGUGGAUUCGGGUGAGUGGAGAGAUGUCCCCAUUAAAGGGUGAUCUCUUGAAAACAUCCUCAGGAAGCAGGUCUGUGCAGGUGCACAAGCCCAGGCCCUGCACUUGUUUCUGGGAGGGUGUCUGCCGGCCGCUCUGGGGGUCCCUGCAGGAUUCCAGGUAUGUUCUCAUUGGUGGGGAGUGGUCAGCUGGGGGAGCAGGGGCUUUUAAGGGCUCACACCCUACCUGGCUCCUUGAACCCCAGCAGACCCCCCAGCAUCAACAAGCAGACUCAGCCCCAGAGAUUUCACUCCCAGACAGCUCCUCUCCACACGGGCUCUGCUCUCUUGGAAUCCGGCUUUUAGCAACUUGACAUCUUCCGCAGACAAUAGCAAUUGGGUCGGCUUAUGAGCAAGUGGCUCCUUCUCCCAUGAGGCUAAAUAUAACUGCACUCUCUUGAGUUGGCUGCCUCGUGACAAAGGUCCGGGCCAUUUUGCUCUUGCUCAUCUCCCACUGGCCGCAAAUGCCUCACUGCUGCAGGUUGAGUGCACGUGGGUCCCACUUUCCACUGAAGAGAGCCCGUAUUUGGGAGACUUCACUUAAACUUUCACUUUUUUACGUCAGAAGUGCGGUGGCUCAAGUUCUGAUUUAUAGUUGGCUUUUCUUAAAAAUCAGCCAUUAGAUGCUUGCAGAAAACCCCAACACCACGGCCCCCCGAGAUUGUGAUGACAGCCUCAGGUUAUAGAGUGUAAUGGGUAUGGGGUGCUGGGCAGGUCCUAGGAAAGGCAUGUCCCCUGGAGAGCCAAACCAGGGAGCUGGAGGCUCUGGGUGGAUAAAGACAUCUCACCCAAUCCCCACUGAUGGGUCAUGGAGACUGUGUCUCCUUAGAGCUGAGCUGGAGGAGGCUGGGGCAGCUGUUGGGUGGCGUCCAGCAGCGUAUGAAUUCAGAGAGCACGUGCUGGUACCUCUCGGCUUCAGAAAGUGGUGUGGCCCACACCAAGAGUGCCCACAGAGGGACCACGCCCUGGAUAGCAUCCUUCCUGUGGAAGGAGAGGCAGGGUCCCAUCUCCCUCACCCAUGGAGAGGGACAGGGGCUGAGCCAGGAUGGGCCUGGGCCAUGGCUCCCAGCAGCCUUUGCUCAGGGCCAGGAGGGGAAGCACAUGGUGGUGGGUGUGUGUCACAGGGCUGUGGUCCAGGUGACGCCCUGGGGCCUUGCCAGGCACCUCCAGCCAGGCUGGUCCUAUUGAUCCAGAAACCCAGCCCCAGGGUAGAAAGGAUCCCAGCCCAAGGCAGGGUGUGGCCCCUUCCAGCCUCCUCAGGCCUCUCUUGGCUAUUCCUGGCCCCACGGUCCCUUCUCAGAAAGAGUGCCCUUCAGGGGGCUUCAUGUCUGUCUUUUGAUUGAAGAGAGCAGACCCCAUCUAGUGCUGCACACGGCCUGAGGCCCAGCUAGGCUCUGCUCCCCUGGCACCAGGACCUCUGGUCUUGGAACUCUUGGAGGGCGGCCCUCACUGAUCCUGUGGGGCUGUCCCAGGGGGCAGCAGGCAGGCUGGUGGGCUGACCCUGAGCCUCACUUAAGCUGGAGCCCUGCCUCUCGCAGCUGAUGCCCAUGAACUCCUGCCUCUGAGAGGAGACUGAGGAAGUUCAGAGCCAGGAGGGAGGGCUGUGCCGGGCUGUCUGCUUGCCCAGGGGCCCUGAAGGACAACAGCAGGGUUGUGGCUCCAGGAGAGCUGGGUGGGGAGGAGCUCCCUGUCACGCAGCAUCCCCGCUCACUCCAGAGGGAGGACCUGCUGAAGCCGCCGGCCUAACAGGCUGCUGCCAGUGGGGGCCGCACCGGGAUCAGGGCCGCAGCCUUGCCGUUUACAUUACCGCAAACCCUCUUGCCUUACUCGCGGUGGGGGCUGGGCCCGGCGCGUGGCCCACAGGCAGACACAACAUCCAGGCCACAGGACAGCUUUUCUGAUCAUAUGUACGGAUCUUCAUUCUCAGAAAGCCUUACUUUUCAACAAAAUUUUUGUAAUAGGAAAGUUUUGUGAAUUUGUACGCCGAAAGAAAAGUUAAAGAAGUCCCCGUUAGAAAAACAAGCCCAGUGUCUGGAUGGGUCUCCAGUGCAGGGGUGGUUUGGGCGUCUCCGCCUCCGGCGGGCACUGCCUGAGCCCUCAGCACGCCGCACCCUGGGUGCCCUGCCCUGGGCCCAGCCAGCUGGCCUCCAGUCGUGUGCGCCCCAGCCUCAGGGCCGGUCACCUGAACGAUGACCGCUUUGGGCUCUGCGGCCUGGGGCGCGAGCAGUCCCCCUAGCGCUGGGGCGCAGCCCAGCCUGGCAGGGCCUCCGUGUAGACAGCGGUGCCACACCUUGCCACAGCCACACAGUUGGUCAGAUCCCUCCCACUGGCGCCAGAGAAAACAUGCUUCUUUAAAGAGAAAAGAAAAAAAGAUUAAAAAAAAACCCACAAAACUCAGACCGCAGCGGAGCUCUUGUAGCCUAGGUAGGAUAGUCUGCCCUCCUAGCGUAGUCUCUUCGGCAGAUAAAUUGUGUUUCAGUGUUGGGGGCGACGUCCUGGGGGCGCGGUGGCAGGGAGCCGGCUGCCCCGGGCCCUGUGUGCUUUCCCAGCUGUACCUGGUUGGCUUCGUGGAGCUUGAGGAAGGGUGGGGGCCAGGACUGGCCGCACUGGGCAGUCCCGCCCCGCUCCACCUGGCCCCGCCCCGCUCCACCUGGCCCCGCCCCCUCCACCCGGCUCCGCCCACCUCCGCUCCCGCUCCGCCCACCGCAGCCUGUCCUCCGCGCAGGCCGUGACUGUCUUGCACUAGAGCCGCUCUAGUCUCUCAGGAAUUUGCUUGUUACUUUUACUGUGUAAAUAAAGCUUCCUGGUUCAGUACCCAA